AUGGCGACAAGGACUUCGAACGGCGCUUCUGGAGCGCAGGGUACACAGACGGCAGCGCAAGUGCAGCCUUGCAGAUACAAGACUGGCAAAACUUUAGGCGCAGGCAGCUACUCUGUCGUGAAGGAGUGCGUACACAUUGAUACAGGAAGAUACUAUGCCGCCAAGGUCAUCAACAAGCGGCUCAUGGCAGGCCGAGAACACAUGGUCAGAAAUGAGAUUGCCGUGCUUAAGAGAGUAUCUAUGGGUCACAGAAACAUUCUGACACUCGUUGAUUACUUCGAAACUAUGAACAACCUUUACCUUGUCACCGACCUUGCGCUUGGAGGCGAGCUUUUCGACCGCAUCUGCCGAAAGGGCAACUAUUACGAAUCUGACGCUGGUGAUCUCAUCCGUGCCACGCUUUCUGCUGUCGCAUACCUUCACGACCACGGCAUCGUACAUCGAGACUUGAAGCCUGAGAACCUCCUGUUCCGAACGCCAGAAGACAAUGCCGAUCUGCUGAUUGCCGACUUUGGGCUGUCUCGAAUUAUGGAUGAAGAGCAGUUCCACGUCCUGACAACGACAUGCGGAACGCCAGGUUACAUGGCACCUGAGAUCUUCCGCAAAACUGGACACGGCAAACCGGUUGACAUAUGGGCUAUCGGCGUUAUCACAUACUUCCUCCUCUGCGGUUAUACUCCGUUCGACCGCGACUCUAACCUCGAAGAGAUGCAGGCCAUCUUAGUCGCAGACUACUCCUUUACACCCUUGGAGUACUGGAGGGGUGUUUCUCUUACAGCACGCGAGUUCAUUCGUCGCUGUUUGACCGUCGACCCUGCAGCGCGCAUGACAGCCCAUGAAGCCUUGUCUCAUCCUUGGAUCACGGAGCUUGGCAAGAAUAACGCUGAUGGUGAAGAGGAUCUAUUGCCCACGGUCAAGAAGAACUUUAACGCUCGUCGUACCCUGCAUGCAGCUAUCGAUACGAUUCGUGCUAUCAAUCAGCUGAGAGCGGGUGGUGCCGCUGGUAUGAUGGACGGCCAGCGUUCUGCUGAACCACGGAGAGGUGCCCCUCACGCCAACAUUCCUCAGCCAGCUGAUGAGCCAGACGACCCCAUGGAGAUUGACAGUAGAGGGAACGGACACGGUCAGACCGAAGAGAUGAUACAGGAGCAAGAGCGGAGGAUUAGAGAGACCCAGCAAGGCCUGUGGGGUAAGCGAUGA